GGACGCUCGCAGUUCGUCUCCGAGUCUGUGCUCGCGCAGCGGUGAUGAGGCGCGCGCUGGGGCAGCUGCGGUCUGUGGGGCUGAUCGGGGCUCCUUUCAGCAAGGGGCAGGCCAGAGACGGAGUGCAGCUGGGACCAGACCUGAUCCGGACAGCUGGACUGGUGCACAGACUCCGAGAGCAAGGUUGUGAAGUGAAGGAUUAUGGGAAUCUGACAUUUGAAGAUGUGUCCAACGAUGAGCCCAUUGGAAACACGAAGAGCCCACGGGCGGUCGGACGCGCCAACCAACAGCUGGCGAACGCUGUGCAGAGAGUGAAGAGCGACGGCCACACCUGUGUGAUGCUCGGGGGGGAUCACAGUUUAGCAAUCGGCUCAAUCCACGGUCACGCGGCCUGUGGAAGUGAACUGAGCGUGGUGUGGGUGGAUGCCCAUGCAGACAUCAACACACCCCUGACCACCCCGACUGGUAACAUCCACGGGCAGCCCAUGUCCUACCUCAUCCAUGAGCUGCAUACAAAGAUUCCUGUAUUGCCAGACUUCUCAUGGAUAAAGCCUUGCAUAGCAGCAAAAGAUAUUGUGUACAUUGGACUCAGAGAUGUAGACCCAGGGGAACAUUACAUUUUGAAACACCUCGGCAUCAAGACCUUCUCCAUGACGGAGGUAGAUCGUCUUGGAAUUGCCAAAGUUAUGGAACAGACAUGCGAUCACAUCUUUUCAAAGGUGAAAAAGCCCAUCCAUCUCAGUUAUGACAUCGACGCUCUGGACCCGUCUGUGACUCCUGCGACAGGGACGCCUGUGGUCGGAGGUCUGACAUACAGAGAGGGGGUCUACAUCACGGAGCACAUCUGUCAAACAGGGCUGCUGUCUGCUGUUGACAUUGUGGAGGUGAACCCAAAGCAAGGCAGAACGGAGGAGGAGGUUCGCUCUACCGUGAACGCGGCGGUGGAUCUCGUACUGAGCUGCUUCGGACGAGUCCGUGAAGGAUCGCACCAGAACGACUACAAAAUGCCCGAACCAUGAGUGCCUUUUCUUUUCUACAGUGCAGCCAUGAGAUUAAAUUCAAUGACAACAAUA